GAGAGAAAAGAAUGAGAGAGGAAUUGGUGGUGCAAGAAGGCUACGUUAGCAAUGAAGAGAGGUACCUCACAGUGCUUAAAACCUCUCUCUUCUUCAACGGUGAUGGCUUCGCAGUCUACGAUUCCAAGGGUCAACUCGUUUUCCGCUUCGACUCCUAUGGUCCAACUACACGUGACAAAGACGAGCUUGUUCUCAUGGAUCCCAAUGGCCGUUCUCUUCUUACUCUGCGUCGAAAGAAACCGAGUCUUCAUCAACGGUGGGAAGGGUUCAGAGGGGAGAGAAGGGAGGGAGAUAGAGCCGUUUUCAGCGUGAAGAGAUCGUCGAUGAUCGCACGGUCGCGGACGAGCGUGGCGGUGGAGGUGUACGAUAGGCCUGGUGUUGAGUACCUUAUCGAAGGGUGUUUCCGGCAGCGGUGGUGCAAGGUUUUGAAUGCGGGGAAGGAAACGGUGGCCGAGAUUCGUCGCAAGGUGGACCCCACCACUAGCGUUAUGCUGGGGAAGGAAGUUUUUUGGCUUUGCGUGAAGCCUGGUUUUGAUGCGGCCUUUGCCAUGGGAUUGGUGUUGGUGCUUGAUGAGAUGAACGGUGAGAAUUUCUUUGACGAUAGAAUGGAAGAGCCUGUGGUGCGCCCUGCCGCAGAGGAUCCGGGACUAGUUUCACCUCUUCCAGUUUGAGAAAAUUGCCUGUUUUAUUUUAUUUUAUUUUUAAAUAAUAAUGAUAAUGUUGUGGAUGAAAUUACUUGGCAAUGUAGUACAUUGUUAUAUGCAAAGAACACAAGGAUGAACUGAUCCUAAUUUCCCUUGUUAUUUUCUCACAAUCAGCACUUUAAUAAAAUAAUUAAAAAUUAAGAAAU